UCUAAAUGACUUUUUUAUUCACAAAUCUAGGAUUUAGGAACUCCCAAGGACCCAUUUCCAACCAGAAUGCAAAUUGAAAGACCACGAAAACAUCAUUGUACUACUAAGUAACAGCUAAGUAACAACCCACGUGCCUGGUUUUACCUUCCCUCCCUCCCCUUCUUCAACCACCACCAUCUCUCCAUUCCGGCAAAUACCAUAAUGGGAAGCGCAGGCACUGCGGCGGUGGAGGAGAUAACGGAGCCUUUCUUGGAAGAUGACAAGGCGGCGGCGGCGGCGGAGGUGGAACUGAUUCCAGAUUGGAAGGAGCAAAUUACAGUGAGGGGUCUGGUGGUAAGCGCUGUGCUGGGGACGCUCUUCUGCAUAAUCACCCACAAGCUGAAUCUCACAGUUGGGAUCAUCCCCUCCCUCAAUGUUUCCGCUGGCUUGCUCGGCUUCUUCUUCGUCAGGACUUGGACCGCCUUCCUCUCCAAACUGGGCUGUUCUGUUCGACCCUUUACCAGGCAAGAGAACACCGUCAUUCAGACAUGUGUUGUUGCUUGCUAUGGCCUCGCUUUUAGCGGUGGAUUUGGAUCGUAUUUACUUUCAAUGGAUGAGAAAACAUACCAGCUGAUCGGAAAAGAUUAUCCUGGCAAUAGGGCAGAGGAUGUGAAAAAUCCAGGGUUGUUAUGGAUGAUGAGUUUUAUAUUUGUUGUCAGUUUUCUUGGCCUUUUCAGCCUUGUCCCACUUCGCAAGGUAAUGGUUCUGGAUGAUAAACUAACAUACCCCAGUGGUACUGCCACGGCGAUGCUAAUAAAUAGCUUUCACACACGUACUGGAGCCGAACUUGCAAGGAAACAAGUGAGCUGUCUAGGAAAAUACUUGAGCAUUAGUUUCUGCUGGAGCUGCUUCAAAUGGUUUUUUAGUGGUAUCGGUGAUUCAUGUGGAUUUGACAAUUUUCCUUCCCUUGGGUUGCCAUUGUUUAACAAUACGUUCUAUUUUGACUUCAGUCCUACGUACAUUGGGUGUGGCCUUAUCUGCUCUCACAUAGUCAACUGUUCAGUUCUUCUUGGAGCAAUUAUAUCGUGGGGUUUCCUUUGGCCAUUUAUUUCUCAGCGUGCUGGUGAUUGGUAUCCAUCAGAUCUUGGGAGCAGUGAUUUUAAAGGUCUCUAUGGCUAUAAGGUUUUUAUAGCUAUUUCUCUUAUUCUUGGUGAUGGUGUUUAUAACCUGAUCAAGAUAAUUGUAAUCACUGUAAGGGAAAUGUGCAGAAGUAGCAGCAACCAGAAUAAUCUUCCUAUGACCGCAGAGCUCUCAGAUGGUAAUACUUCCAAGUCACAACUUGAGCAGACAAAAAGAGACGUAUUUCUGAAAGAUGGGAUACCGUUAUGGGUUGCAGCUUCUGGAUAUGCAGUAUUAGCUUCUAUAUCUACAGUCACAAUGCCAAAUAUCUUCCCUCCACUUAAGUGGUAUUUAGUUCUUUGCGCCUACAUAAUUGCCCCUGCCCUUGCCUUCUGCAAUUCCUAUGGUACAGGACUUACCGACUGGAGUUUGGCCUCAACUUAUGGGAAGAUUGGUCUAUUC